AUGGCAUUCCUUGCAGCCCUGUUACCGCGGAGCCCGGCCAAGUAUCUCCUGGCGGCGUUCAUCCUUCAGACCCUCUACAUCCUAUUCUUUCACCACAGCGCGAGGGAACAGGCUCAGAUACAGCGUACGACGCUCACGAAGCAUUACUCGUUGGGAGAAACAUUGGCACACGACAUCAGCAACGAGGACCAUGGCCUUAUGAGCAUCAAGGUCGCGGCGCUGUCGGACCUGGCGGAGCACUACCUCGAAAAUCCGUCGCUGGACACCUACGAGGUCAACGCCGUCGUGUCGCAGCUGCUCCCUUGGUGGAACCCGUCGACAUUGAAAUACUACCCAUGGAAAAAGUUACAGUCAUGGAAGUCGAGGAUAAUUUACAGCAUGGAGUCGAGGGGACCAAGCACGGGGAUUGUCAUCAGCGUGAUGGACUCAUUUGCCAAGGAAGCCGCACAUCUGAUAGGGACCCUUCGAAAUGUCCAUGGGUGCAAGCUACCGAUCUCCAUUGCCUAUGUGGGGGACGACGACCUUCGACCCCAGACGCGGGAGUUCUUGAGGCGACGGGCCAAGGAUAUCAGUUUCAUCGACCUCACCACGAUCUUCGACGAGGAGCUGGUCCAUCUGCAGGGGUACGCCAUCAAGCCGUUCGCGCUGCUCGCCAGCCCCUAUCCGCGGACGAUUUUGAUGGACGCCGACGCCAUCUUCUUCUCCAAACCGGACACGAUGUUCGACGAGUAUCCAAGCCUGCGGGACACGGGUGCUCUAUUCUUCCACGACCGAAACAUCAUCUCGGGAUUCAAUCGACAAGACUGGCUCGAACGCCAGAUGGAGGCCGCCGGCCGGGACCCCUCGGCCUCUCUGAGUGAGAGCUCCCUCUUCUAUCGGCGGUUAACCAGCGAAGAGGCCGACGCCGCCGUCGUCUGCGUCGACAAGUCGCGGGUGGGACUCUACAUGGCAGUGCUGUUCAUGUGCUGGAUGAACACCAAGGACGUCCGGGAGGCGUCCACGUUCCGGAUCUGGCACGGCGACAAAGAGUCGUACUGGGUGGCCACCGAGUUGAUGGGUGUGCCGUACUCGUUUGAGCCUUGGUACUCGGCCCGGAUGUCUCAGUCGCAGGAGACGGGGAUUCCAUUACUGCUCGACGACGACAACGAAUGGAAGAAGAAGCACCCCAGACCGGCUGUUUCAGCGUCAUCCAAUAACCUCGAAACCCCUCCGCCGGACCACAGCUCUUGUACACUACACAUGGCCCAUUCCGAUGCCUGGGGCAUUGAGCCGCUGUGGGCCAACGGGGCGCUAUGGUACGACAAGGGCAACAAGGACCACGGUCUCAGUAACUGGACGCACUGGUAUCUGGGCGAACGCGUCCAUGAUGUUCUCCAAGCAUAUGAUCCCAAGCCGGAAUCCGACGGGUCUGGAGAUGGUGACGACAACCACAAAGAGGGUGACGACGACGAAGCGACCAAGAAACGCCAGGAGGAACUGGAGCAGAAAAUCCUGGCCACGCAGCCCGAGUGGCUCUUCAUGGAUUGGCCCAAGGACUACAAGACGUGUUUCAAGCGCGACCAGCCUCGGUGGAGGCAGUUGUCUCGUGAUUUUCGAGCCAGGCUGGAGAGGAUGCAGGACGAGGUGAGGAGGGUGGAAAUUGAGUACGAGGUCGAAAUGGCAGGACACGACUGA